AAUGUAAUCAAUAAUUUGUUAUUUAUUUUGUUACUUCGUAAUGCUAGUUAUGUUAAAUGCGUUAUACUAUUACUAGAUAUGAAUUCAUAAAGGGUCUUAGGGUUAAUUUUAUAUGGUUGUAUUUUAUCAUAUAUUAUAUUAUGCUACUUAUAUUUCUACUUCAAGUAAGUCGUGUUAUUGGAUAGAACUUUUCGUAAGCAUAAAUACUUAUAUUGGUAGAACACAAUUUUAUUUAUACAUUAGUAUAAGUUUUAGUUAUAGUAAAUUAUUACUUAUUAUUUUAUUGUAACUAAUUGUGUUGUAAUUUAUCUUUUGUUGAUCCAUAAUAUAAUCCUUUUUCAACGGGUUAUGGGCCCAGAUCACCAAUGAUCUUUUUAGAACAUCGAAUAUAAUUAUUAACGGUAAAAAUUGUCAGGUCUUAACGGAGAACUAGAAGGCCAAGGUAAGUUUGGUUUUGCAGUUCAUAUAAUUGAUCAAAUUAUAGAAGAUUCAAUCACGAUAAUUGAAGUAUCGGAUGUAAAAGGGUGGCCAAUGUGAAAGUUCCAAAUGGAAAUAGUUAUUAAUUUGUACGAUUUAGGUGAAAUGAUUACAGGUAAUUGGGAAAAACCAAUAAAUGUGACGUAUAUGAUUCGACUAAAAAAAUUCAGAAAAAGGCAAUGAAACGGUAUCAAAUCCAUGCAACUAAAGUAGAAAAUCAGCAAGGAAGUGUCUAAAAAUUAUUAUAACUUCAAUAGAAAAUGGUCCAUUGCAAUAUUCAGUUAAUUGUGAAAACGUAUGUUAAAUGUGGGAAAAACUAUUGAGUGUUUAUGAGCAAAAAUCUAAGUUUAAUGUAUAUUUUACUAGCCGUUUUUUAUUACAAGAAUGUCGUUUGUUACAACAAAGUAAAAAUAGCAUGAUAAAUGCUGAAAAAUCAACUGCGUUUACAUCGAAAUUUCAAAAGAAACUGCAGGAAUAUCCUUAAAAAAUCAAGAAGCUAAAAAUACAAAUCAACCAGAUAGUAACAAUGCGUUUAUAAGUGGGUCAAUAUUAUAGUCAAUAAAAAAUGAUUAAAAAUGGAUAUUGGACACUGGUGCAUCAGAUCAUAUGUGUUUAAAAUAUGAGUAGUUUUAAAAUUAUGAUAAAUUAGAAAAUCUAACUCAAGUGAAAAUUGGAAAUAGAACAUCUAUGUUUACUGUCAGGAAAGGUAAAAUAGCUGUACUGUUAAAGGUAGAUGGUAUAUAAAUUAUCUUUUAAAUGUGUUACACGUCCCCGAAUUAAAAUUUAAUUUAUUCUCGUAUGAUUCAACUUUUGACAAAGGUCUAAAAAUGAACUGUGAUAAUAACAAAUCUGUUUUUACAAGAAAAAUUGUUUGUAUAGCGAAACGUAAAGAUAGAUUAUUUCUAUUCAGAUUCAAAGUCGAAAUUCUAGACAAAACGGUACAACAAGUCAACAAAGCUAUCAAAGACCUGUUACAAUUAUGACAUGAGCGAUUAACACACCAAAACAUACAGUACGUAACUCAUCAAACAACAGUUCCAUACACUCGGAACAAAACGGUAAAGUAGAUCGCGAUAAUAAAACAAUAGUUGAUGCUGUAAGAACAUUAAUUCAUUUAAAGAACUUGGAUAUUUCACUGUGGACAGAAAGUGUCAAUUAAAGUAGUUUAUACACUAAAUUUUACAGCUACUUUACUAUAUAAUUUGACAUGGUAGAAAAGCUUCAUGAAUAUCAGGGUCCAAUUGGCAUUUUUCAUACUUGGAGAGAUGUAUUGAAAGAAAAGUGGGAUAAUUGGAAAGAAAACCGCCCUCGAUCCCUUUUACAACUUUUGCAGAGUUUGGGUCUCGCCAAAAAUCCAAAUGAUUCGCCUAAAAAUGAAUCAACACCUGUGGUCGACAUGCAAAAUUAUUCUCAUAUUUUCAGAAAUAAAACUAGACGAGAACUUAUUCGUAUAUCUGCAGCUGUCAUGGGAUUAGAAUUUUGUUAUGCUGCAGAAACAGCGUUUGUAUCUCCGACACUUUUGAAAAUUGGCGUCGAUCAUCAGCAUAUGACACUUGUAUGGGCUGUAUCACCAUGCAUUGGUUUUUUUGUGACGCCUAUAUUAGGGUCUUUGAGUGACAGAUGUACUCUACCAAUUGGGCGUCGACGGCCAUUUAUUAUACUGUUAGCUUGUGGUGUAUUUUUGGGUAUGGUUUUGGUGCCAAAUGGAGAGUCAUUGGGACACUGGGUGGAAGGAGAUUCUAGCCAGGAUAAUUCAAAAUUUUGGCCUGUAUUUUUUACGAUAUUGGGAACAGUUUUAUCGGAUUUUAAUGCAGAUGCUUGUCAAAGUCCUACAAGGGCUUAUCUUUUAGAUAUAUGUGUGCCAGAGGAUCACGCUAAAGGUCUAAGCACUUUUACGGUAAUGGCGGGUCUUGGAGGUUGUAUUGGAUAUUUCCUUGGUGGAGUUGACUGGGACUCGUGGAAAUUCGGUGAAAUGAUGGGUGGUCACGUAAAAACAGUAUUUACUCUGGUCACAAUUUUAUUUCUUGUUUGUGUUACAUACACCAUAACUAGUUUCAAAGAAAUGCCAUUGAAACUACAAAAGUAUAACCAAUUUCGAGUAGUUAUAAACAAUUCGGACAGUAAUGAAGACGAAAAUAAAGACUUUAAGACGACUGAUAUUUCUCUUAAAUCAUACGGUACAUUGAAUGAGAUUACAGAUGAUAUUGAACACAACGAACCUUUGCUCAUACCGGAGCACGCUACAUUUGUCCAUUACCUUAAGUCUAUUAUAGUAAUGCCUAACUCAAUAAAAUUAGUUUGUCUAACUAAUUUGUUCUGUUGGAUGGCGCAUGUUUGUUACUCAUUGUAUUUCACUGACUAUGUAGGAGAAGCAGUUUUUGGUGGAGAUCCAAUGGCCUUACCAGGUACUGAAAAAAAAUUGUUAUAUGAAGAAGGUGUAAGAUUCGGAUCAAUGGGUAUGUCAAUGUAUUCUUUAUCAUGUGCUUGUUAUUCAAGUGUUAUAGAAAAACUCAUUAAGCAAUUCGGGGCGAAGCGAGUCUACGUAGGUGGUUUGCUAUUUUAUUCCGGUGGUAUGUUUAUGAUGGCAAUUACAGGACACAAAUUUAGUGUUAUACUAUUUUCAUGGGCAGCCGGUGUCAUGUAUUCUACUAUGUUUACAAUGCCAUUUCUUUUGAUUGCAUACUAUCAUUCUACGAAUAAGUUUUCAUCCGAGGAGAUCUAUGAAGGUGAUAAAGCCGCCGAACACAUUAGAGGAUUAGGUACCGACGUUGCCGUUGUUAGCUCCUCAGUGUUUGUAGCACAAUUCAUUCUUUCCAUGAUUAUGGGUACCAUUAUUAGAUUGUUUGGAUCUACAUCAGCAGUAGUGUACACAGCAUCUUUUCUUGGAUUCUGUGCGUCUAUAGUAGCAUCACAAAUUAUGUAUUUGGAUCUGUAAAUAGUUUAGAAUUAACUUAUAUAUUGUAUUAUUUCUCCUAUUAAAUUCAUGUAAUUACAAAUAAAAUGCAUAAAUACUGAAUAAACAUUUUUGCAACUUUA